CAGGUUCUCGCUACUCACAAACCCCCCUCCUCCGUCCCUCCACCCUUUCCUUCCCCGAGGAGACCACCCUCUGGCCCGCAAGGAUUUUGGCAUUCGUGGGUGCUGAUCGUGUUUCUGUCCAUGGUUUAUUCGCUAGUGUGCAUGCACUCGCGGAUGCGCAUUGAACUAGCCACUUUCGGGGGCAUUUGAGUGAGUAUUGCGCUUAGGAGGAGGAGAGGGUUUCCGUGCAUUAUUCCACAACUCGGAGUUACUGUUGUUUGAGGCCACGUGAGGGAGUGACGAAGCAUAAUAUGAAGGGUCAUGUAUUAUGGAGGACUGAUUCACAGGUGGAGUAGCAUACUGUAUGAUGGAACAUAUCAGACCUCUACAUUCUGCACUUAACCAGGAUCUGGUUCGUCUCAGGAUAAGGAUACGGUCGAAGGUGCUAUGCAAGAACGAGCUAAACCUACGAGGGAUUCAUGAAGUGAUGUACGGCAUAUGAUGUACAUUUACUCAAUCAAGGUUUAUAUACUUCUUGCAAAUGUUACUGCUAUCGUUAUUAUCCUCUGGGGCUUUCGCACAGCUGGAGUCUGGAGCCAUCACUCGGAAGUGGAAAAUGGGAUUUUUCUGUAGAAGGGUACUUUUGUGAGUACGAUUGGGCCUGCCAAGUUGUUCAGCACUAUAAAAACAGUGGAGGUCUGUAUGUAAUCUAAGCUUGCCGUCACAGCGAGGACGGCCUUGAGGUUGUUCAGUAACGGCACCGAUCUCAUCUAUUGACCUGUAUUACCUCCAGUUUGCCGAAGUUUGUAGCAAUUUCUCUCAUGAAGUCCAUGACAAAGCAAGAGCAGGUGGAAUUGAAGUAGUGCUCAGAAGAGAUUUAUUCUGAUUGCGGAGGGUUGAUGCUCCAGUUUGCUAUAGGGAUAGCUUCUCUCUUUGGGUUAGACGGUGACUUGGCGAAGGAUUGCAGUCCUGAGAAAGCAUGGAUGCGUGGGUGGUACAGGCUGUUUGUGUCAGAUGGUGUUUUUUUUGGUUUUCAUUCACAAGUUGUGAUUAAAGCUUGUGGGUUUCUUUUCUUUAAUUGAGGCGCCUUGGUUCAAUCUACUCCAUCAAAUUAGCCACUGUUCCCCUCUCCCUGGAAGUUUAGCAUGGUUCACAUUCCCGACAGGAACGAUGUUUAUGCUUGUAUAUGAGUCUUGGUUUUCUUUGGAGCAAGUUAAUACUCAUUCCCUAUAGCAUCAAUCACCUCCAUAAGCUCCAAUGCUGCUUCGUAAAAGCUAUCUUCGUUAGGGUCAGUCAAAAGAUGCAGAUAUUUUUUUCCGUGGAUCAGCUGGAGUAUGCUUUGUCUUACAUGAAGAACUUCGUCAUCGAUUUGCACUGGUCUGUUAUGCUGUUGCACGUUACUGCUUAGACACAUCCACCUUUUGGGGUGGGGUGGGAACUUUUAGUAUUGGGACCAAUCUAGGAGUCCGUGAAGGGACACAAUGGAGAGAGAUAUCCGUCAAGCUGGUGUAGACUCACGCAGCCACAUUAGUCCUCCUCUCUUUCAACACCAAUUCUUUCCAGCUGGUGGAGUGCAGCCAUCGAUCGCAAAUAAUGUUGAAAACUCGAAUGGACGUCUAUCUUCGGCAGAUGGAGGUCAUAAUACUGAAGAAGGGAUUGAACAUCCUUCUCACUGGGACAUGAAAACGUGGAAUUGGGAUUCUAUACAGUUUGUUGCUCAACGUGCAGGUGAAAGAGGGGAUGGUUCUUUUGAGGAACAAAGAGAACAUGGAAAUAAUGGAAGUGAUGGCAAUCAUAGAGCUUCAGCAACUGUAGUUACUAUAGAUAGGCCUUGUUCAGGAGAGCGGCGUCGCAGAUCUAAUGAGGAAGAUGAGAGAGGCAAAUAUUUUUUGGAAAUGGAAACUCCCUCUCCCCCUCUAAAUGACGGGCACGCCUUUCCUGGAGACGAUGACUCACAAGAAGCAGUUGGGUCUCUUAGCCUGAAACUUGGAGGAGAUGCAUAUGCCCAUAUCGAAGAAAACGGAGGUGGCUCUCGAAAUGGCAAGCGAAACCGUUCUUCAUCACCCCAGUAUCAAGUCCCCAUGUGCCAAGUCGAUGCUUGCAAGGCAGAUCUCAGUAAAGCAAAGGAUUAUUAUAGGCGUCACAAGGUUUGUGAGACGCAUUCAAAAGCCACGAAGGCCCCCGUUUCACGCCUCAUGCAACGUUUCUGUCAGCAAUGCAGCAGAUUCCAUCCAUUGCAAGAGUUUGAUGAAGGCAAACGGAGCUGUCGGAGACGCCUUGCUGGACAUAACAGGCGCAGGAGAAAAACUCAACCAGAUGCAGCGGCUGCCCAGGCACUUCUCGUGGCUGAAGAAGAGCGCCUUAGUAAAGGUGGCUCAGGGUUGAUUGGAAGCCUCCUCAAUAUCUUAUCUCAUCUUAUGGGAACAACUAAUUUGGAUCGGUUCAAUGCCCCAGUUUUGGACAGAGAAGCGCUUCUAAGAAAAGUUAUUACUGCUUCAUUGGAGGAUAUAAAUCGAACCACACCCUUGUGGGCUCAGUUGCUAGCAAAUCCACAUCACCUAACUUCUUUACUGGGUCAACAGCCGCAACAGUUGGCAGCUAGUAAUGGUCACGUAGCUAAUGUGAAUGUGGAUACACAGCAUCUUCUUUCCAGACUAACUAGUCCAUCGCCAGAGGCCCUCCUUCUUAUGCUUCAAAAUAGCCUUGAUGCUCAAAUAGCUGCAGCAUCAAUAACCAUUCAAAAUAACCUUGGAUCUCAGAUGCAUGGAGCAAGUGGACUUGGGAACUUCCCCCUAGGGUCCACAUGUGGACUAGAGACACAGCUUGCUCCUCCUCGCACUACUGAAACAUGUGUUGCACCUACCAGUGCAGGGGUUUCUCACUCUCUUCUUUCUUCUCCAAUGCUAGCGAGAGGCUCUUCUCUGAAAGACGUCGUGAGACCUACUCCAAUGGUACCUAAGCCGUUGCCACAGCUGAACUCCGAGCAGUUAGUUCAACAUGAAUAUCCAGGUAUACCUGCCGUUCAAAGUUCGUUCAUGCCGUAUCAAGCGCAUGCUGGAUCUCCAACAAAAAAACAUGCCAGCAAUGGUCUUGGGCCUACAAUAUUCAAUCAUUUUCCAACUGACGGAAGGUUGCUUCCAAUAUCACCAACUGUGGACCCGUCUUCUAGUGCUCGCCAGGAGGUGAAUCUUCAACUACCUCUUCGCCAAUCUAGUGGCAGUUCACAGUCCGGAUCAGAUGAGCCUUUGCCAUCAAGUUCUCAUGCGCGAGAGCCAAGGAACUGGACUCGCCGCAUUGCAAUGAAGCUAUUCGAAAGGAAUCCAGAGGAACUCCCUCUAGAUCUACGGUUUCAGAUUGAUUCCUGGUUGGCGCAUCUUCCCUCUGACAUGGAGAGCUACAUUCGGCCUGGAUGUCUUGUUCUUACAAUAUUUGUGUCCAUGCCAGUUUGUGGAUGGGCAGAGUUAGAUGCAGAUCUGCAAGGCAGUGUACAGAGGCUGCUCGAUUUACACGAAGGUGAUUUUUGGCACAAAGGUCGCAUUCUGGUUCAAGUUGAACGUCAAACGGUAUUGAUAGUUGAUGGUAUUAUUCAGGAUAAACGACUGGUGGAUUCCUGGAGUCGUCCUUACAUUCAAUCUGUGAGACCCCUUGCUGUUGAAGCUGAUCAAGCAGCGAACAUCACUGUCAAAGGAUUCAAUCUUACACUUCCUGACACAAGGGUGCUCUGCGCUCAUCGAGGGAAGUACUUGAUUCAACAUGGGUCAACAGAUAGUAAUGAAGCAGAAGUUGCUUUUAAUGACAUCGAGGAUGACUUGGACAGUUGUACUGGUCAAUCUAUGGAUUUGAGCACUUCGUACAGUAACGUUGAAACUUCAUUACGCUUAGAUGCAAAAUUCACAUCUUGUGUAGAGCAUCCAUAUGCUGUAGGGCGUUGUUUUCUGGAGGUCGAGCAUGAUACGACAUUAGCUAACGCUAGACCUCUCAUUAUUGCGGAUCGAUGGGUGUGUUCUGAGCUCUGCACACUUGAAGAAGAAGUUGAAGUGAUAGCUUCUCGCACUACCCAAGCUGCCCUUCUAGAGGGCCUACAACCUGUUGAGGUCAUUGGUUGUAGUCAGGUGGCGCGCUUAGUCAUGGAGGAAGAUGUAGCAUCCUUUCUAUAUGAGCUGGGCUGGUAUUUUGGGGGUGGUAUCUCAAGACAAAUGGAUGACACCGCUGAGCUUAACGUGGUUUCUGCGACUCGGUUGAAGUGUCUUUUGAUUUUUUCUGUCGAACGCAGUUGGUGUGCCGUUGUUCGCAAGCUCUUAGAUGUCACUUUGGAAGGGCAAAACAUAGAUACUAGCAUAGCUAGAUUAUCCAAGAUUCUACGAAACGACGUUAGCUUAUUGCACCGAGCAGUUCGCAGGAAAAGUAGGAAUAUGGUGGAGCUUCUACUUGCAUAUGUUCCCUCUUCUAUCUCCACUGAAACGAUUAAAAAUGCUGGGGACACAGAGAAGUCGGGUAACUCGAUGCAGUUCAAUUCGCAGUGGAGUACAUUGUUUCGGCCCGACAUAAGUGGGCCGGCUGGUCUAACCCCUUUACAUGUCGCAGCCAGUAUGGAAGAUGGUGAAGAUAUAGUUGAUGCACUCACGAAUGACCUCUUUCAGGUUGGCUUGCACGCUUGGAUGAACAAGCGGGAUGAUAGUGGGCGCACGCCUCUACAGUACGCAAUGAUGGGAAAUCAUAUCAAGUCGAUUGAGUUGGUGAGCUGCAAAGUAGCUGCACUUGCUGGGACUAGUCACCAAGUAUGCAUUAGCAUACCACCCGACUCCCUCCUUCAAACUUUGGACCAGAGGUCAUCUCGUGAUGUACACGAUGGAAGUAGAGGUUUCUCUUCUUUACAACUUGCAGAAUGGGUGGACAGUGGUACUGCUCCAGUGAAGAAUCUGUCUAUAAACAAGACACUUGCACCAUGCAGAGUCCAUGCUCGGCGUGCUCACUUUGGUGGCAUCAGCGGACCUGCUUUCAAACCGUUCUUGUUAUCUUUAGUGGCUAUAGCAACGGUUUGUGUGUGUGUGUGCAUAUUGAUCAGGACUCCACCAAGCAUUCGUUUUGUGAUGCAACCAUUCCGAUGGGAGGGUGUGGAUGGUGGUCCGAGGUAGUGCCUCGAAGGUACUGUGCUUUGUUUAGCACCCCUGUUAUGACUUCCAGUUUUGCUUCAGGAAAUGCUCUCGCAAUGUCUUCCACCUGCUAAAUACAUUGGGUCCUAAUGCAUGAUAAGCAAGGGACAAGAUGGCAUGGAUUUAUUACUGUUUGUCAGGUGCUGGACGUCUUGCAUCAGGCGGCAAUAAUCUUAGAACUUAACACAGUUCUUUACCAGCUCAAGCACUGAUGUUUGAAAGGAUGUGUGCGUUGCAUCAUAAUGAUGUUACUCGCAUUAGCCACGUAUAUAUUAGACAUUAUCUUUGUGAUUAAUGUCUUAUCUUAUCCUCAAGGGAACGGGGAGAGUGAUGUCUGCCUUGGAAGGCAAGCAAUGACAUAGGUACCAUAUGGCAUCAUACCUAGUGAGGAAUGCCUGCAUUUCUCGUUGGUGUGUAAAGAUUCUAUAGUGCAUUCAACUUUUGUGUUUAUGGAAUUGAAGGUAUCUGCAUAGUUAGGUAGUAAAGAGCCUUAUGUUUCUUUUCAUAGGAAGGAUCACAGAACUUUUGUGACUUAUGCUUCAGUAUGACGCAGCUAGUAAACAUUGCUCUGCAGCAGGGGUAGACAGUGUCAAGGAAAUGCUGUCAUUUGAUAUUAAUUCCUGUAGUUGGGCUAGAAUUAACAUUUGUUGAAGUGAAAACCGUCAGUUGUGGUAGCACAGCUGAGAUGUUUGUUGGUUUCCUUGUUUAUAAAUCGAUUUAAACUUUCCACAACA